AUGCGGACUGAGAAGAUGAUCAGAGAGGCCGCGGCCCAGAAGCGGAACGCGGCAGUAAUGAAGAAUCUGCGGUGUUCGGUUCCAAUUCUCGUUGGUCUUCCGUUUGUCCUCCUGAUCCUUUGCGUUGCAAUCCCGCCCGGAAGUGCCCUUGCUGCGGCACUGUUGGCGAGCGCCACGGUGCCGUCGUGCUUCUGGCUCAGUGUUUGGACUGUUGCCGCUGGGUCGCGACAUGAAACAGAUGACUAUCAUUGGGGAAAAUACACUGUCCACGUCCUUUUUGGCGUCCGGAUUCUGGGGUUCCUCGCGCUGGCUUUGCUGCUGCUGAUGACGGUCCAACACGCUCUGCAAGGAUUCCCAUGGACUGCAGCCAUCGUUUGGCCUGUGCCCUUGUUUUGUGGCGGCGGUCUUUUUGUCUUAUCGCUGUUUGGGCCAACAGAAGCCCCGCUGACCGAGCACCAAGUUCGCACCCUAGAACGAGAACGCAAGUCAGCCCAAGGCGAAGUCAGCAACCGUACCAUUCGCUUUGAAGGAAGCGUCAUCCACGAACGCGGGCGGCCUUGCGUGGCCAGCUGGCCUGGGAAGUACGCGGGAGCGUGGGAAUCCCUCGUGUCGCAAGGGCGGAAUGGUGAUGUCAGCGCAGCAGUCGUCUUCCUCCCUCAAGGCACGGAUGACUACGGCAAGUGCGACAGCAUCCCACUGGCUGAAGGCUUGCCCGGCACCUGCUGGUGCACGCCCCUCUACGGUGAACAGAAGCGGUGCAGGUGGUUUACCAAAUGGACUGAGAACAUCGAGACAGCAGUGGAGUCCGGAGCAGAGCUGGAGGUCUACUUCUUCCAGAACCACGUCGGCAAAGGCAAGGUGGUGAGCUUCGAUACCGCAGGCGACGACAACCUCCACAAAGAGAAGGUGAAUAGGAAACAAAAGGACUUCGAGGAGUCUCCUGAGUUCAAGCAGGCGCUGGACGCAGGUCUCGGCAACCUCUCCAAGGAGCCACGUGGCGACGGAUCCUCCCAGUAUAGCCGUGAAGCUCGGCGCCUGUUCCUCGCCUCACUCUCGGAGACAGAGCGCGAGUAUCUGGCCACCUCAGAGGGGCUAGGCAACUCCCAGACAGCCGAGGUCGCCUGGCUGGAAAAGAAGGGCUACACAUACUGGGAGGUGGACGUCUCCACGUGGCUCCCCGGAGAGGGAGUUGAGAGAUACGUCCCGCUGUGUGGCGAACGAGAACCGCAGUGUUAUGGCCGGCAAGACGACUUUUCACCAAGGAAUGAAGAUAUUUUUGAAUCGCCUGCGCCGGCAUUGCCCGGCGCAAUCUGCUGA